GUCCUCGUGGGCCGCAUUUGGCUCGCGGGCUGCACUUUGCACACCCCCGGUAUAGGGCAAAGUGUCUAUAAGUGUGUUAUAGUCACUUUGGUAUAGGGUUGUAUCGGACGUGUCCAGAUUAUGAACGUGUGGGAAUUUUUUCAACUGUUUUAAUGGUGCAGGCACGACUGUCGUCAAUGGAAACCGUCUCAGGGCUGCUGUCAAAUGCAGUUCUGUGUAGCGCAGACGGGAUUUCCUAUACAUAAUGCAGUUUUAGUGUCAAAACAUUACCAAGAGACAGAACUGCAGUUGCCGUGAUAUCGUUAACAUUGCAUAAUGAGGUGCAUAUAUAUGUAUAAAUGACGAUAUAAAAGUUACGGUGUAGGCAAUGAUAGUUGAAGUCUGUUGAAAUGUUUCGAAUUGUAUGUUACCGGUAUCGGACUCGGUCUGUCUGUCUGUGUAAAUUGUUGUCUUCUUUCAAAAUAUUUCUUGGCGUCAUAGUUAAUGAUUGAUUUUUUAGUGUGAGAGAGUAAUAAUUUUAAAAAAGUGAGACCUCAAGACAGAAAUUACAUGAAUAACAUUUGAACACAUUGCAAAGUUUCAGACUUGUUGAAAAAUAACGAACCUUCUGUAUUGUUUAAUUUGGACUGCAUGUUUGAUAUAGUCUCUAUUUAAAUACUUGAAUUCAAAGAAAAAUGGAUACGAACGAUAUUCCAGAUUUGGAUGAUAUGAGUGAUCUUGUACAAAAUAUCAAAUUAAACAAACAAAAGACUUAUCAACACCCGACAUCUCAAAAAGGUGAUCACACUGAACAGCAGAAAGUAGUAGAAAAUGCAGCGAACUGUAAAAAAGUUCCGCCAAAAAAGUUGCCCUCACAAUUUGGUGGUAUGAAGAAAGGAUUUCUUUUUGGCGGAAAUAGUGGUACGAAAGCAACACACAAACCUAAUUCUGCUAAAUCAAAAUUGAAAGAUCAAGAAACUGAUAUUAUUGUUCCAAAACAUCCAAGUGAAACUCAAAAAAAUCCACUUGUUCUAGAUGAUGUUCAGGAAGCUAUGAAAGAAAGUGGUAUUACAGAUAAAUCAUGGGUGACUACCGAUUUACUGAAACAGGUUGAAUCGAAUGAAAGACUUUCUAAUCAGCUUUCGGACCCAAAUAUUUCAAAAGCAAUAUCAUGGAUGCAAAGAGAUCCAAAAGGUGCUAUGGAGUAUUAUAAAAAUGAUGUUGAAGUUCAGAAUUUUUUUAAAGAAUUUUAUGGAAUUUUGGGUAAUCAUUUUACUAAUAUUGGUGCAAAGCAAGAAGAGAAAACUAGUAAUGUCAAUUCAGAAGACGAAGCCGCCAUGAGUGAUAUCCUUGCGAAUCCUGAAAUCAGGGAAAUACUUUCUAAGCCUGAUAUACAAAAAUUGAUAGAACUUGUUCGAAAUAAUCCAGACGAAGCACAAAAGCUUCUUAAUGCUGGUAAUCCUGCCUUCAGGGCAGAUGUUAAUAAAUUAGUGUCUGCUGGUAUUCUGGGUUUCCAGCCACAGUAACAUCCUGAAGUGGAGUGUUGUUAAUCAAUCAUACAAUAUUAAGGCUGUACCAGCCCCUGGUGGAAGUAUUCUAUUGGCCAGUGCUAAAGAUGAGCUAUGAAUCCUUGGAGAAUAACUGAAGAAAAUUAUAUAUGAAAACACCAGACAUAUCCAGUGUAGAUAUACAUUUGUUACAAGAAUUUUGGAGUGUUCGAAAUUACCAUAUUUACUAUAUUAUAAUUUAUAAACCCCAACAGUGAUCCUCAAAAUGUCCUUGUCCACUUCCAAUCAGGUCAAAUUUUAAGUCAAAAGUCAUCCUGAUGAUAAUAAGUCAGAAUUUAUGACAAAAACUAAAGACAAUAAAUUGACAAACCAUUUACAGAAUACAAUUAUGGAAAGCUUAUAUAUGCCAAUGUUUUUUCUAUCAAAAUUUGAUUUUCUUGGAGUUAAAAUUUUUGUCACUCAUGAGUCAAAGACAGUUUUGAAUGCCGCAGAAAUAAAUUUACCAGGACUUCUCAUCUCUCAUGACAAAGUAUCGUGUGCCAAAUUAAUUCUUAUCCGGAUGACCAAUUAUUGCAAACUCCAAAUAAAAAAUGAGUAGUUUUAUAUUAUUGUUAUUUAAGACAAUAGUUAUAAUAUAUUUUACUAAAUAUGUAA